GUGGCAAUGGCGUCGAAAUCUUUAAGUUCAACGUGAGUUCAGUCGGUAAACCGUGUAAACAGCAUGUUACUGCUGUAUUUGUUGAUCCUGUGAGGAUUAUUUCACCUCCAGCCUCAUAAAGAAACACUUUCCUCCGUGUUUGAUGGAGAAGUCUGUGAUCUUUGCAAACUCUGCAGUCAUUUCCUGGUUUUACAGCAGAGGACUGUUUGGUAUUUAUCAGCAUUCCAGCUCCAGUCAGACAGUGAAACGUCCAGUAGAAGGAAGGGAGGAUGUCUGCUAGAGAACUGCUUUCAGGCACACUGGAGGAUUUGGGAGAGGAAGAGUUCAAGAAGUUCAAAUGGUGCCUCCAAGACUAUGGAAUCAAGAUCCCAAAGAGAGAGCUGGAGAGAGCGGACCCGAUGGACACCGUGGAUAAGAUCAUGGGGACGUACAACCUGCAGUCUACAGAUGUGGUGAAAGAGAUUCUAGAGAAGAUGAGGAGGAGAGAUCUGGUGGAGGAACUAGAAAUCAGCAGCAGCACGGGAGGACAAGAUCAGGACAAACGUGACCAGAAUGGGAAAUCUCUAGCGAAGACUCGUCUCAAUCUUCCAGUGGUCGAAGCCUCUGAAGAUGCUUGGAAAAUGGACAGCUCCUGCAAAUUUGACAAGAUCAUCUGCAAAGAACUGAUCCAUUCAGGAUCUCCCACAGUUUACCAGCUGACACCAAAGAAGGACUAUAUUGGAACAAUCAGGAGACUAAGUUUUGGUGAAAAAGAUCUGAACAAGACGAACAGAACCGUCUUGCUUGUUGGUGAAACAGAUACGGGGAAAUCUACCAUGAUCAACGCUUUGGUCAACUAUGACAUGGGAGUGACGUGGGAGGACGAUGUCUGGUUUAAGAUGGUUGACGAAGAGAGAAGCCAGUUUGAAGGUCACACAUCAGACGUGAUCGUGUACGAGAUCUUUGAUUUUGAAGGUAAAACUCUGCCCUACUCUCUGACCCUCAUUGAUACUCCAGGGUUCGGUGACUUCAGAGGGGUAGAUCGAGAAGUCAUCAGUGAAAGAUUGCUUGACUUGUUCCGCUUGACGGAUGGAGUUCAUGAAAUCAAUGUUGUUGGUUUGGUGCUUAAAACAGGAUGCAAUGGCCUGAGUGACCGCUUGAGGUACAUCUUGGAUUCAGUGGUUUCUCUGUUUGGAAAAGACAUGGAGAGGAACAUCGUCCCCCUCAUCACACAUUCGGAUGGAACGAAACCUAAAGAGACUCUGAAAACUCUCGAGGCUGCAAACAUCACAUGUGCCAAAGACGGAAGAAACCAGCAAGUUCACUUCCUCUUUAAUAACUGCCAACAUAAAGACAGGACAGAGGACAGAGAAGCCCUUGGAAAUGCAUUCAAAACAACAACCAAAGGACUGACACAGUUCUUCGAGUUUCUGGAGAAAACUGCACCUCAGAAGAUAGAAAAGACAGUGGAGGUUCUGAACAAACGCAUCGGACUACAAGCCUGCAUCCAAAACCUGCAAGACCGAGUCAAGUACAUCAAACUAAAUCAGACAGAAAUCCAGCAGACUCAGGAAGCUCUAACGAAACGUGAACAAAUCAUGAAGAGCUUCGUUGACCAUAUUGAGCAGGGCGUUCAAACCCAGAGAAAAAUCCAGCAACUCCAGGAAGCUCUGAGGAAGUAUGAACUAGAGAUGAAAAGCAACGAGAACUUCAUUGUGGAAGUUGAUGAGCCCUACAAAGUUAAAGAACCUUUCAGUGGUGGGUCGUGGUUAUUGGGGGCUUUUUAUGAAGGUGCUACAUGCUGUACCAUCUGCGAGGAGAACUGCCACUAUCCUGGAUGCACAGUGGCCUGGAGUCCAAGUAGAUGUGAAGUCAUGAGCGAGGACAAAUGCAAGGCGUGCCAAGGGAAAUGUCCGGUGUCUGAUCAUGUGAAAGAACAAUGGAGGUAUGAGACCAAGACGAGAAAAGUUCAGAAGACUCUCCCAGAUAUGAAGGAGAAGUAUCUUAGAGGCCUAGCAGGGUGUGCGAUGGUUAAAGGUCAACUGGAAGUGCUUGAAAAGGAUAAAGUCGGUGUAAAGGAUGUGGAAGAGAAGUAUGAGAGGAUCAAAUCAGAGUAUGAAGACACAAGAAGCAUUCUGAGAGUCCUUGAGGAGGAAAUGGAAAAACAUCAGAGAGACAAAGAUCAGUGCCUAGAGGAGUCCUUCAAGCAUGUCGUUGAACUAGAGAAGAUCGCUCUGAGUAUCGACUCACUGUCCACUCAUGUCCACUUGGACUUCUUGAUUGAGCAGUUCAACGAGAAAAAAGACCUAGGGAAGGUCCAAGAACUAAAGGAAAUGAAAAGAAGAGUGGAUGGAGGAAUCCUAGGAAGACUGCUGCGCUACAUGCUGACAGCAUUAACAGCUCCAUGGAUGUUCAGGUCUGCCACAUCUCAACGUUCCUCCACACCUCUCUUGCUUCGAUUUGCCAUGCCUGAGGAGUCUGCAGCAGCUGAGGCUGAUCUGGCUUGUCUGUGAAGCUAUAAAGGACUCCUAAUGCUGACCUUACACCAGAGGACUUUGCUAAAACUCUAAAAAGACUAACAUCUGAGGCCCUCUAUCAUCGAAAGAUCAUUUGUCGGCAAGCUGUUGAGUUUUUAGUCUCACACUAAGAUUUUGUAAAGACUGUUGGCCACUAACGACAAGACUAGAAUGAUUCCUUCUGAGAUUAUUUCCCAUCAUGCAUCUGGUGGAAAUUCAGAACAACAAUUUUUGAGCUUCUACAGAACAAGAUUUAGAAGGAGAUGGAGACCACAUUUUAAUUUCUCUUAUAAUUCGAUGUUUUUCAAUCAUUUACAUCAAGUUGAGAUGAAAGGAGAGUUAAACUCCGAAGCAACGUUGCAUGUUACCGCAAGGACCGAGGAACAAUCCCAGGAACCCUUCAGAAUAAAAGCACCGCAUGAAAACAGGAGUAGUCUCACCACAGACACAAACUGAUCAGGCUUUUACUUCGAAAAUCCCAGUGGAGGUUUACCGUUGCUGUCAUGUCAGCCUGGAACGAAUCGACAGAAAAACACAGGAGCAGAGAUCUGACUGCAGCUCUGAGCAGAAACAUUUUUCAGUCUCUUGAGUUCUGAGUGGACAUUCAGCAGCUCUAGAGUGAUCUGUGCUCACGUUCAUGUUUUCAAAGUGUGGAAGAGUGAGCCUUCAGUGGAGCCCUGCUCUAUAGCAUAGUCCCUAUAGUAACUAUAAGUUUAUCCAUUUAGCUCCAUGCACAGCACAGGUUAGCAAAGCACAUCACCUUUUUUCAGGUUCAUGGUUCUGCUCCUCCCCCUGAAGCUCUGUGGGGCCCCCCAGGGGAGGCCCGCCACACACCUUGAAAACCACUGAUAUAGAGGACAUGUAGGGAAUCUCUGCCAUUUUUGUUAGACUUUUUGUUUUGUGUUUAGUCAGAUACUUUAGAAUUGUGUUUAUUUUUAGUCCAGCCACGUUAGGUUCUUUCUUUUAAAGUUAGAUUGGGUUUUUGUUGGUUAAUUUGGCCUUUGAGUUC